GUAAAUAAACUAAAAAUUUAUUUUAAUUUAAUUUAAACGAAAUCUAGUAAUAAACUAAUUUGCACACGUUGUCCAUAGAAAUUAUCCAAAAAAAUUCAAUAAUAAUGAAAUCUAUCUAUCUAUCUAUACAUAAUAUUAUGGCAAUUCAAAAUUAAAAUUUUGCCACAUAAGCACUUGGAGAGAUCUCAAGUUGCCAAGGUGGAUAAUUGUUUUUACAAAAAAAAAAUAGUUAUUGACCUAUUUAUGGAGUUGUUCCUGUCUCUUCAUUUAAAUUUAAUUCUCUUUUAUCCAAUAAUCAUUUUGCAUUUGUUUUUGCAUGAUAUCUAUAAAUAAUAUAUGGAGAGAAAGGUUAUCAAACCGGUUUAGCAAAUGGAAUGGUUUUACCAGUGGUACAACCGGUUUGUGUAAUUUCAUGCCGGUUAAUAAAAUAUGUAGAAAUAUAAAAAAUCAUUAAUAUCAAAUGAAUUUAAUCAUAUAUAACCAUAUUUGAAGAUAAUUUACGCACAAUUCAUAUUGAUAAUUGAAUAAAAUAUGAUAUUUCAAAUAAAAUUACAUGUACUCAUACUUAAAUUCACUAAAACUACGUAUUUUACUUAGAAAUUAGUAAAACGAUCAUACCGGUCAUAGCGAUGGUGUCAUGUCGAUUUCAUGAUCGGUACCGGUUGAAUGGUUCAACCGGUGGCAUGCCGGCCGACGUGACAAUCAUGAUGGAGAGUGACAUAUAUCACAUUUUGGUUUUGCAUUAUAUCGAUGUACGCAAUAGUAUACUAAUGUUCGUAGAGUGACAUAUAUAUCACACUUUUUAAACCAAAAAAUAUAUGAUUAAAGAUUACUAUGUAAAUUUCUGCUCAUUCUUACUAAAACUUAAUAAUAAUUUACAUUUUAAUGAAUAAUUUAAACACAUAAAAAUAAUAAUAUUUUGUCGAUAAGGUCCGAAAGAAACUUGACCAAGAAAUAAUAGUUGUUUAUUAAAAAAGCUUCUUAUUCAUCACAUUACUAAUAUUUUCUCUAGGUCAUGUUGAUUGAGAAAGCUCUAUUGAGGUCUUACAUCAUUUGCUAAGAAUUUGUUUUUCCAGAUUUGGAGUUAUUUAUUGUUAAAGAUUAUAAAUUGAAGUUUCCAAAAUAACUCGAGUAUAAUAGUUGAUGAACUUUGACUUCAUAUUCUAGGAUGAGACAUGAGAUCACUUGAAAAAUGAAAUGUGUGAAAUUUAGAGAAAUCUUUGUUAAGGAUGUACGUUAAACAUCACAUUUCAUGCUAAGAAAAAUCUAAAUUCGAAUAUUGAGGUAAUAAAUAAACAUUAAUGUUUUACUGCACAUAUAUAACAAAAAAUAUUUAUAGUUACAAUAGUGUAAACCGAGCUAUUGGGUCAAAAGAAGAAUAUUUAUUAAAUAUAAGUUUAGUAAGAAAAUUGUAACAAGUCUAUAUAGUUGUGAGUCUGUGAUUUCAUACUAAAUUUUGGCAAUAACAAAAAAAAAAUGAUAUCAUAUUCCACUUAAAGAGCUGAGUUCAAAGGUAUUAAUUAGUGUUGAAAUUAAAAUAAACUCUCUGUAUAUAUAUUUUAGAUAUUAGCAAUAGAUGUGUCUACAAUACAUCCAAUAAAUUAAAUACAUGCGAAAGCCACAAUGUUUGUAUGCACUUUUAAAUUUUGCUACAAAUAAUUAUGUUAAAAAAUUAUAAGUUAAUUAUUCAAGGAAUACUUAAUUUUGAAUCACCCGAAAUAUUUGUCUUUCAUAUACACACUUUACCAAUUAUUAAUAUAAGUAAUGAAAUUUUUGUUCUAGAACAAACACCAAAUAUAAAGAAAUUUUAGCGAAUUGACAUUCAAAUAGUUGAAAAAUUAUACAUUGAAGGAACAUGUUAAUAUGAGAACCUUCGAUCAUGUAUAUGAAGCCUUGGAUUCAGAUUCUAAACGAACAUCUAGACAAAAUGCAUGGGUUGAGGGUUAGUACAAACUUAAAAUAUUAGCAAUUGUAAUAAGUUGUUAUACAAAGACUUCAUGAACAUCAACAAUAAAAAUGAGUGAGGUUUAGAGAAUUUAAUCAUUAUAAGGGAUACGAUGUGUGCCAAAUUUCAAUUGGGAUAAACAUAAUUUAUCCAGUAAUCAAGUUUCUUUUUCCAAUAAUUUGAACUCGGAUUAAUUUGUUGAGAGUUCGUACAAACUCGAGAAUCAUGAAUUAAUAUAUGUUGUAUAAGAUAAUAAAUUUGAGGGUCUUGGUGGAAAUUUUUUUAUAUACGAUCCUAAAUGGGACUGAUAAACCUUUACGACAUGAUUUAUGAUCAGAGAAUAAAAACAUCACAAACGAGUGUGCUAACUAUUAAAUAUUAUUCGAUAUAGGCAUACCACAUAUUCACUUAUGAAGCGAGAGCAGGAAAUGUAUACAAGAUCCAAAAAGUUCAAACACGUAGAUUAGUUAACUAAUAUAAAUAAUCAAAUGAACUUCUCCGCCCAACUGGGCGGGUAAAAAACUAGUUAUAAAAGAAAAAACAAAUGAUAAACUUUUUCAGCGCGGCUUGCAUUGAGGAAUUGCAACAAAUGAAAGCUUUUAUAUAUGCAAUAAUUACUCUCAUUCGUGCAAUGAGAAAAAGUAAUUGCGGGACCGGAUACGGUGACAACCCCCUUAGAAGUUGUCAGAUAGACAACCAAGGGUAUUUUGGGUAUGAAAAAAAGAAAUAUAUUAAUUACCUUUUUUGUAUUAAUCAGAUUGGGAAUUAAAAAUCAAUAUUAAAUACAAUUUUUUUGAAAUUUAAAUCCUAUACAUUAGUAUAUCUAUCUAUCUCUCUCUCUUCCUUUCUCCUGCGGCCACUCUGCUUCGAUAGACAGACUUUUUCUCCGGCGAAUUCUCUCCGGCAGACUCCCUCCGGCAACCUGAAAAAAUGUACCAUUGCUUUAAAAAGUGUACCAAUCCAUUAGUCUACUGGUAAUUAAUAUACCAGUGCUAGUGGUACGCUACAAGUGCGUUAAAAAAUGUAUUAGUGCUAGUGGUACGGUACCAUUACCACUUGUAGCGGUACCAUUAGCAGUACCAGUACCCCUAGUAGCGGUACUAGUACCACUAGCAGCGGUACUAGUACCACUAGCAGCAGUACCAGUACCAGUACCACUGGUAGCGGUACCAUUGCCACUGGUAGCGUACCACUAGAGACUAGCACAAAAAAAUCAGAUCUGAAAUAUGAAAGUCACAGAUCUGAAAAAAAAUCAGGGAUGACGAAAGGGAGAGGCAGGGGAGAGGCGGUGACCUCGUGGUGACGAUGGUGGUGGGAGACAGAGGGCGGCGAGAGGGUUGCGACGACGGUGGUGGUGGGAGGAGGAGGCCGCGAUGGCUGCGGCCUGCGGGGCGGUGGUGGGAGGAGGAGUCUGUGAUGGCUGCGGGGCGAUGAACAUGACAGUGCUGGGAGGCGGAGGGCGCGACGACGGGAGGGUUGUAGCAGUGAUGAGAGGCGGAGGGUGUGGCGGGUCGGCAGGACGGAUGCGACGACGGUGGUGGCAGCCGAUAGAGAGAGGGAAGAGAUGGGAGGAAGAAGAAGAAGAAUAGGAAGAAAAAGAUGGCGUGAGAUAGAGAGGAAAGAGAGAAUGUAGGGUUUUAGGUAUUAAUAGGGGUAAUAAUCUAGUGUGGUCAAUUUUUUUCGUCCAAAAAUACCCUUAAUCCAAUCUGUACCAUUGAUUUGAAAAAAAAUAAGAAAUAGACAAGAGAGUGAAUGAAUCGUAUGGUUAUAAAAUGGGUUGUCACCAUAUCUCAUCCCAGUAAUUGCAAACAUCUGUCACGUCAAAGUGAAAUUGCAUUCAAAGUCCCGAUGGAGAUGCUCUUACAUCUUUAAAUGCUAGUUAGGUGUACGAUCUGUUGGUCGGAAUGCCAUUUGAAUAUGUAUCGACGAUGUAAAUUCUAAUUUUUCAAAAUAUCUUAACUGUCUAUUUCUACCUAGUACCUAAAUUUAUUGUGUUUAAUUUAAGGCUUAUCUUCUUUUUAGGAUCUGGGGAAUAAAGAAGAAGAAAGUAUCCACGGCGACAAAGAGAGGAGCUGAUAGACGAGACCAUUGGCCUUAGUCGUAGCAGGGUAUAUUCCAUAGAGCCCUUUAGCAGUCCCUCAGUCCCAUUCGUUCCUCCCUCCCUUUUCGUCGCCUAAUGCCUGAUUGGAGCAAAGUGCGUCACUCCAACAGUCAGCGUGAGUGUCCGGAUGCUCCUAUCGAAUGGGUGGAUUGGGUACACCGGUUAAUUGAACACUUUCCUAUUUUCGAUGCAGCGGGAACGCUCACUCUAACAAGGGCACCAACAGAGACUGUCACAGCUAAUUGUUGUGCUAGUCCAGCAACUGCGGUUAGUGAUUCAAUUGCCAGUCCUCUACCACCGGUUAUAAGACCCAGAUCUCCCCAACGCAGACGCUCUUGGCAUAGAAAGAGUCUUCAUUAUAGUUUGUUCCAUAACUCUUUCUCCUGGGCAGCAGAAUCUGGGGUAAUCGACUCAUCUGUUCUCUUUUCACUUUGGAGUACGUUCCUUCCAUUCUUUCUAUUUAGCUACCCCCAAUGAUUCGCAUAUUCUAUUCUCUGGUUCAUAGGUCCUAUUCUUCCUAAGCCCUCAGAACUACCCGGUGCUUUAUAAUAUCUGUUCUUUGCCUUUGCCUGCCGAAUGUGUAAUUCAGCGUUUAGGGCAACUCUUACAACUACCGGUAUGGGUAGAUCGAUUGAGUCUCUCUCUUUCGGUAGCUGGUUUGACUCUUUGUGAUCGAAAACCUAAUUAAAUAAUAAAAAGAUGAAAUAUAAAUAUCAAAUACCAAAGAAAUACUUACGAAAGAGUUAGUGGGCUAGUUAACCGUAGUGGAAAAGUCAUAUGCUCUUAAGAUAUUAUGUUUCUUUAUGUUUUUAGCCUUGUUAUAAGAACCAAACCGGAUCAACGGCCGGGCUAGUAGAACCAUCAAACCAGUUACGAUUGCGGUCCGGUUCAUUGUUUGAACGGUUAUAGAUGGACAAAACGGUUUUUCACGGUUCAACAUAAAAUCAGAUUAACCGACACUGUUUAACUGGUCCAUUGGUUCACUAUUUUAACAAAAAAAUAUUUUAACA